GGGACUUAGCUUGAGAAAUAUGUGUAGAUAAGAGACUGAUAGUUUGUCUGUAGGAUCUGCCGUCCUAUGUACUGAACGAUAAACAGAGUUAACUAGAAAGAGACGUCUGUCUGGAGUUCUAAGGUUCCCUGUGACACAGUAACAAGAAGAUCCACACCAUGGAACCUAUGUCAAAAAAGACAAGGAUAGAGAGAAUAAUAUCGGAUGACAAGAGGAAAAAAGUGAUUGCUGUGUUGGAGAAUCUAGUUUUGAGUGAUGGCGAUGUCCACAGGAUCAUGGAGGUGAUGGAACAACAGAUAGACUUUGCCAACAGUCAACAAGAGGAGGACAGGAAACGAUCUGAUUUUUUCUGGGAGUGUACCUAUGUCCAAGGGCUCCUCAAGGGAGAUGAGGAAGGUGAAUAUCUAGGACUGGAUCUAGGUAGUACCAAUUUCCGUGUGGUGAGAGUUACUUUCGAAAAGGGUGAGGCCAAAACCACUACAAAGUAUUACAACUUACCAAAGGAACUCCUCGUGGGACCAGCUGAUGGGGCUUUUGACCACAUUGCUGAUAGUAUUGAGAAAUUUAUCAAAGAAGAAAAAAUGUGUUCAGACAAUGCCAUUCCUUUGGGUUUCACGUUUUCCUUCCCAUCUGUACAGAAGAGUCUCAAACAUAGUGUCCUGAUCACAUGGACCAAGAGUUUCAAGUGUACCACAGGCCCUGGGGAGGAUCCUGUAGGCAUGUUAGAGGCCGCCAUACAGAGGAGGGGGGGCCUGUCUGUACCUGUUGAUGUUGUGGCCAGGAUCAGUGACACAACGGGAACAUUAAUGGCUGGCAGCUAUCUGGAUAAGAGCUGUCGUAUCGGCCUCAUCAUUGGCUCUGGAUCCAAUGCAUGUUUUGUUGAACAAGCCAAAAACUUCAACAAACUGGAAGCUGCUGAGAAAACAUCAGAUCAGAUUCUGGUGAAUUGUGAAUGGGGAGCCUUUGGUGAUAAUGGCUGCCUAGAUUUCUUCAAGACAGACUUUGACAAGGAACUUGACCAGAACUCUAACCACGUCAACUCCUACACAUUUGAGAAACUAUUUGGAGGAUUCUACCUGGGAGAACUUGUCCGUUUAGUGUUGGUGAAACUGACCAAUGAGGGCCUCCUGUUUAAAGGUGAAGGAUCAACCAAGCUAAUGAACAAAGGCAGUUGGCCGACCUCCUAUGUUACAGAGGUGGAGAGUGAUGGUCCAGAAGAGACCAGCCACACCAUUGGGGUGCUACAGAGUCUGGACCUGACAGCAGAUGUAGAGGAUAUAGCAUUGGUCCAAGAGGUCUGUGGCCUUGUGUCUCAGCGUGGAGCAUACAUUGUAUCGGCAGCAUGUGCUGUUUUGUUGAACCAUAUUGAUCUCCCUGAAGUCACCAUAGGGAUUGAUGGCUCAGUGUACGAACACCAUCCUCGUUUCCAUGGUUACAUGAUGGAGCUACUGGAAAAAGUUGUGCCAGAAACAAAGGUGAAAAUCAUUCUGGUCAAAGAUGGCAGUGGUCAAGGAGGAGCGUUUGUCGCUGCUGUAGGGUCAAGGUCAUGACCCUAUCAUGAUGAUGGCUUGUAGUUUGUACAGAAAAGAACAAGAUAGGAAAGUAACAUACAGAGAAUUAUAACAUACAGCAACAGGAGCAGCAGGGACAGAAAUGUAGAGAACUGGUCCCUUAAUGUAACACGUGAAUAAAUCCUGGAGAAAACCAGGUAUAAUGUACUGCUAUCAUAUAUACUGGAGAAAACCAGGUAUAAUGUACUGCUAUCAUAUGUUGAUACAGGUGUGUUAUGUGGUGUGUCUGUUCAAGAACAUCUUGUCUGGAAAAAACACUGAAGUGAUUUUGAUGAAACUUUACACAAUUGUUCCUGCCACCAAACUACAGAUCAUAAGUAGGUAUCAAGAUCAAAGGUCAAGGCCAUGACCUUAAUCUAUACCAUAUGUUAUAUGGUCCAUUCACGCACACCUUGUCUACAAAAUUCUGGAAAAAUAGCUAAACCCAUUUAGAUAUUGCACCAUUGUUUCAUGUGUUAAGUUUUAGGAUGAAGAUAAGUAUUAAGGUCAUAAAUCAAAGGUCAAGAUCACACAGCCCUAUAUGUCUCUAAUAUUGUCUGGUCUGCAAGAAUGUAGGAAACUACUUAACUGAUUUUAAUCUGACCUCACAAAAAAAGUUAAGUAAUAAGGUCAAAGGUCACAGAAAAUUAAGAAGAAUUUAGUCUUGUCAGCAAAAAAAACAUGCUUGGCAACUCAACAGAUUUAGAUAGAUUUUCAGUCAACCCUGUGUUAGUCUUAAUUUUUAAGGUCGUAGGUGAAAGUUCAAAGUUACAAAGGCUUUUUGUUUAUACUGUUUGCUUGCAUUAUUCUUGAAAAACUCCUAAACCAGUUUUAAAAGGAGGUUAACAAAGUAUUAGGUACACCAUACAAACAAACCAUGAAUUUAUGUUAUACUUUAUUGUUUCAGCAAAAGUAGAUUUUAAAAUAGUUGCCUGUUUUAAAGAGUGCUUUUCUAUUGGGUGCCCAUGUAACAUUAUAUACGAAACUACUAUCCUAGAUCUACAUACUGGGGUUUUCUUCAUAAUUCAUGCAAACACAAAAUGUAUAUUGAAUGUGUUAGUGAUAACAAUAAAGAUUACCUACUUA